UUUUGGCAGUGAUGAUAAGGAACAGGCAGAUGGUCAAAGUCCACCCUUUUACUCUGAACUGGCACCCCCAAUGGUGCCAUGUGGCUGCUCAGAUGUCCCAUGGUCGGAGGCUUCAUGCAAAGAUCCCAUCCUCUGCUGGCUGGAGCCCCUAUCCAGGCCUAGGCCUCAUGUUUUGAAGUGGACAAGGACCAGCAGGUGACUACCAUGGGCAGGGUGCCCAGGAGGAGGAAGGGUCUAGGAACCAUGUGAUUUGAGGUGACUGGGGUGAUCGGUGAUGGACGGGGACAGAGAGGACUCAAAGGGCAACGCGGCCUCUGCUCAGGUGAGAGGGAGUGCUGCUGGUGACUUCAGCUCAGUCUAAGGAGGACUUCCCUUAAAAAAAAUUACGGGCUGGCCUGAUUCUGUGUGGAAUCCCCUGCCUCGAAGGGUGGAAAGUUCCCACGGAAGGAAGUGUUCCAAUAUGGGUGACAAGUCUCCCUGCCAGGAAUGUGGCCUAAAGGAAUCCUAUACGAGAGGUGGGGCUAGAUCCUUCUCUGGUCCCUUCUGGUUCCUGGAACCUAUGAGGAAUGAAAAGAGAAGAAACACCUUGAAUCACUGCCGUCUAACACCUGAGAGGUGGGCACGGGACUAGGACAGUGUUGAAAGAAAAGAUGACAGCCUCACCCUCCACUUGAUUCUGGCCGGUGGAGGUGGAGGGUCUUUCCCAAGGAGACCCCUCCCUGCACGGCAUGUGGGGGGCGUGGGAGCUUCCCAUGGGACCUACAUCACUGUGGGAGCCCAGGUUGAAGGCUUUGAACUUGGACUCACACAGCUCCCACGCCAGGAGUUAGGAGUGUCUAUGGGCCGCCCAUGCCAGUGAGAAGCAAGCAUGACCUUAGGGUGUAGCCCUUGACCCUCCAGCCUCCUGAUUGGCUCUAGUCCAGGGGCCUAUGAGCCCCUCCUGGUGUUUACAAUCUUUGCCUCAAGCACAGGCGUCCAUUCCAAGGACGCAUGACAUGGGACUCUGUGAGGGCAGCUCACAGCGUGCGUGUGUAUAGAUCUGGUUAUCUCCAUGCAUGUGGACCAGUAGGUCCCUGGGAUUGUGUUUGUAUUUACGGAAGGCCCCUUGGUGUAGGAGAGAAAAGGAAGGAUUUAGAAAUCAAGGUGGUGGAUUCAAGCCCCAAUUCACUACGCUUCCUGGCUGCGGGCACCCAGGCAAGUCUCUCGACUGUUCAGAGCCUCAGUUUCCCACCCCCAGCCUGUCGGGGUCGCUGGGCCAUGGCUCUGCAUCUGGACCAAUUCAGAGGACAAUCCAGAGCAUUCUGGACAUUCUGGGGGCAGCGCACAGGUGACAGGUCGAAUCUGCGUGUAUCUGUGUCUUGCUUCUUUGUUCUGCAAACGCUGAGAACUCCCUAGGCAGAGUGGUCCCCACUGGGAACAAGGCAGGCUGGGAUCCUUUCUCUCAGCCUGGGGAGGAGGGCGGUGGUGUGGCGGCAAACAUAUGUUGCAUUUGGUUUAAGAAAAAUAACACGGUUAGGAAGCCACAUAGGCUUAUGUGUGUUAGAGUGUGUUUCUGUGACCCACAAGUGUGUGAGCCCAUUUGGGCUGCCGGGGCCCCUAGCCUGGGUGGCUUAAACAACAGACCUUUAUUUCUCACCAUUCUGGAGGCUGGAAGUUCAAGAACAAGGCGCCAGCAGAUUUGGUGUCUCGUGGUGGCCUCUACAGGUGGUCACCUUCUCAGGGUGCCCUUACCUGGUGGAAGGGGCAAGGGAGCCUGUCUCUUUUAAGAGGGUUCUGCUCUCAUGACCUAAUCACCUCCCAAAGACCUCGCCUCCUAAUAUCGAGGUGUGUGGGGGGGACACACACAAACAUUCACCCUACAGCAAUGAGUGUCUGCAGGUGUUGUUGACCUUGGGCCCCCACAAGGGCACCACAGGCACUCCAUCAGAUUGUCCAGCUGUCUGUUCACAUCAGUUGUGUGAAGCCCAGGGCAGAGAAGGGGAGCCACAGAACCUGUCUGUGAACCGGAGCCAGAGCAAUUACAAAGUAAUGGGGCCAGAGGAAUGAAGGAGCAAAUGGAGUACAGAUGAGGUCAGUGUUAUCAUUCAGACAAUAAAACAAAGAUGGCAGCACGCUUCGAAGAAGUUGGCAAACUUCCCGUUCCCUGGUCCCCCAAGUGCCCAUGGAGAAUCCGCGGGGACCCAAGAAGCCUCUGUCAGGGAGGAGAGCCAGGUCUCUGGACAGGUCACACGGCCCCAAGAAGGACUCAGAGUCAUGGGACUGCCAGUGCCUGUCCCUGCCCAUGCUCACCACCCCCUCCAGGCGGCUGCUCCACCGGACGGCCAGCGAUGGCACCAGAUGUCCCCGCAUCCCAGCUCAGUCUCUGGAGGCUCAGGACACCAUGGCCACAGCCCUCAACCCAGAGGAGAACAGGGAGUUUCUCCCCAGUGACCAGAGACCUCCGCAGGACACCAAAAAGGACAAGGCCCAGAAGCGCGGCCAGCAGGGGUGGCUGAAGACCCUUAUAAACUUCAUUCUGAGGACGGGCCCGGAGGAGCCUAAAGAAAAGGGCAGCCACAAGGCAAAGGGGAAGGACAGCCUCUCCAAGCCUGCAGAAACCCCUGAGACACCAGGGGACACAGCUCCUAGGAAGAAAGCCCACGACAAGAAGGCCAGCCACAAGAAACACAGUCACAAGAAACAUGUUGCUGAGGAAACCAAGGGGGCCCAAGAUCAAGAGGCCGAAGGCCAAGAGACAGGGCUGCCCAAGAUGGCUGCUGCCCAGCACUCUAAGGAGGCUGACCUGGGCCCAGCACCUAAGGGUGAGCAGUCCUUGUCCACUGAGGACAAGGGUCCUGGAGUGUCGGAGAUCUCUUCUCAAGCCACAGGUCACUGGGGGGAAGAGGAGCUCAAAAACCUUGACAAGGAGACUAUCAUCAGGAUGAUAGUGGAAUUUCUCCAAGGAGUGGGAGACCAGUGGGAGAAGGAGCGGCUUCAAGCUCGUCGGCCAGAGGUAGUUCCACAGAACCCAGGACCAGCUGUCAGGAAGAAAUCCCAAGAGAAGAAGUCGAGUCUCAAGAGAGCCUUUUCUCACAAGAAACAUGGCUCUGAGGAGCCUAAAAGAGCGGGGCCUGCAGAUGUUUCCAGCCCGGAGUCCCGGCCCCUCAGGAGGCCCAACUUUCUGCCCCUGUGUGGGGGGGGCCACCAGCCCUCCACCUCCAGCAGCCCUGGUUCAGAGGAACCCCACAUCCAAGAGGCCCUGUCCACAGACAGCGGGGCUCCAAGUCCCUUCGAGCUUGCCACCCAGGCAGGAAGCCAGGGAUCUGAAGAGGCCUUGCAGACCAACAGAGCCUUGGAAUUCAAAGAAUUCAUCCAGAAGAUCACGGCCCUACUCCAAGAUGCAGAGGAGCAGUGGGGAGAGAAGCUUCAAGUCCAGGAACCAGAGGUGGCCAUGGAAAGCCUGUCCCCACCCUGCAGAAGGAAAUCCCCUGAGAAAAAGUCCAGCUUCAAGAAAGCUUUUUCUCAUAAGAAACACGGCUCCAAGGAACCGAAGAGAGCGGGGGCUGCAGGCGUCGCCAACCCAGAGUCCCGAUCUCACAGGAGGCCCAACUUUCUGCCCCUGUGUGUGGGGGGCCAUCAGCCCUCCACCUCCAGCAGCCUCGAUCUGGACGAUGUCGAGCUCCAGGAGUCCUCGCCUGCAGAAGGGACCCCUGUUGGAUCCUCAGAAGCGUUCUCCCAGAUCAGAGGCCACAAGCCGGAGGAGGAACCACAGCUGGACGAAGUGUUCGAAUCUAAGGAGCUGAUCAUUCAGAGGCUGGUGGACCUUCUCCAAGAAGUGGAUGACGAGUUGGGGGAGCAGAUCCGGCGACACCCCAGCUUUAAGAGGUUUUUACACAAGCUCUCAGACUCCUCCCUCAGGAAGCUGGCAGCCACCCUGCAGAGACAGAAGGCCCACCCUGCAGAGCCGGACAGUCACUUCACCGAGAGAACUUACCACUUUGCCUUCGGCUCGUCUAACAGAUUUGCCGGCAACGACAGCCACACGGUCCUGAGGCUCAUGGGCCUGUGCUACGGUCACAGCCAACACAGCUACGCCCACUUCCCAUGCCGGGUGGCCCAGCAGAACAUCGCAAGUCAUGAAAUCCAAAGUCCAGAUUAAAAGCUGUGCUUUAAACUCAAGUUCCCUUGACCUAUUCAAAUAAUUGGCACCUUGAGGCAGGACCUCCUCAUGACCCCCUUCACAGAUAUGAAUGAGGACAAGAAGGGAUGGCCGUCUGUGUCCGUGUGCCAUCUUGGGCUUCCUGAGACUGAGAUACAUGAAGCCCUCUCCCACUUAGCUGGACACGGAAGCCAUGCUAGGGAAAGGAGAGCACUGUGCUGGAAGUUAGGAGACCAGAGCACCACCUGCUGACCUACUCCAAACUUGCUGCAAGCCCCCAGACUUGUUUGUCUUCCUCUCUAGACCUUGGAUUCUGGCCAAGACUAUGGAUGCAGCCCAUGGGAUCCCUUCUGACUCCAUUGUGCUCAAGUGUCUCUAAACAAGGGGGGGGGGGGGGUGUCAGUGCUUUCAUUCAGUGGCUAACUACGCGCCAGUGAGCUGGAGGCAGUCCUUAAGUCCUCGCUGAAGGAACAAAUGACCAGACGAAUGAGUUCCAGAGCUCCUGAGAUCCAGGCGACUCUGCCAGGCAUUCCUUGGGAGGCCUGGGUCCUCCACUGGAAUUGUGCAACCCGUAGUUCACUCUCUAGAUUGGGAGGUAGGGAGGAAAUGGGGAGCUACCUUGAUAGGCCCUAGUCCUGAACAUUGGACCAGGGGUCAAGGCCUUCAUAUAAGAGUACCAACUUACGCACCCUUAUUUUUUACUAUAUUUUCCUGAUCUGUAGGGUCUAAAACUAUGUCUACUAUCAUGUGGAAGGCUGGCCAGCAUUUUCUAGAUGUCAAUUUCCAAUGAGUCUUAUUAGUUGUUGUUGUUUUUUUUUUUUUAGUUUUUAUUUAUUUAUUUGUCAGAGAAAGAGGGCACAAGGAAGGGGAUCUGUAGGCAGAGGAAGAAGCAGGCUUCCAACUGAUCAGGAUGCCUGAGGUAGGGUUUGAUCCCAGAACCCUAGGAUUAUGAGCUGAGCCAAAGGCAGAUGCUUAACCAACUGAGCCACCCAGGCAUCCCAAGUCAUAGUUUUUUAAAAUAAAUUUUUGUCUAAUCUCUCACCAGAAUACCCAUAUUCAUUUAACCAGAUGUGCAUUCACGUGCAACAAGUAAUUUAUUCAGUUGACCAACAGUGCUUAAUGUCCGUAUGGAUUUACAGAUACCUCUCAGGAGGUCUGCAGGCCUCAGAGAGAAGACCUAUGGACUGGAGAUCUCUGGUCUCUCAGAAUCCUUCCAAUCCUAUGUCCUAUAAUCCCAUGUCCAGAGAAGAGAUGCUGAUGCCUUGUACCUCUCCCGUCUCAUGGGGUUUUGUCCAGAGUCAGUGAGAAAACAAAUGCGAAGAUUUCUGAAAAUUACAUGGUGCCUUGUCCAUCUAUGUUGUCAUUCUGACUAUAGCUAAAAUCUGGGUAGUUUUCAGGACAUGGGAAAAGGCUUUAAGCUGGAUUGCCAUGGAUGGUUGCAUGGGUGUGCACUGCCCAAGAACACCAUACCCCAAGCCGUGCUAUUCACUUCCUAGACAUUGAAGAUUUGUGGAUUUAUGAUAACAGUUUUCUACCUGAUGGCAGUAAAGUGUCUUGAGAAAGGGGCUUCUUUUUGGUUUUGUACAAAGGCAACGUGUGGGCUAUUAGAGACUCUGCCUUCUACAGAGCUGGACAGUUUGAACAGCUUGGCUCAGAUGGGCAAUUUGCCAGAUGUCCAUUAUCUACAUGCCUGCCCAACAGGGUCAUAAACAUAGUCAUUGGACAUUGCCUGGAACACAUGGCCAUAGGGGAGAGAGUAUUAAAAUCUAGACUCUCUCUUAUUACCCUGAUUGGACACUGUAUUGCUAUGUUGAAUGUGGUGAUCACUGUGGGGUAGGACUGGAGACGGGGGUGAAACCAAGGGCAGAGAGAGAGGCUUUGGACACUUAGAUGGGACUGGCCUCAAACCUGAUGCAAAGUUUUAGGAAGUUCAACAAAGCAUAUUCUGUAAGUCAUUUGGUUUUAUUGCUGAUUCUAAGACAUGGGGGAGAGGUGAUCUAUUUAUGGAUUUAUUUUAGUGUUCAGGAACACUGCCUCAAAAUGCAAAGGAUCAGAAUCAGUUUUGAAAUGAGGGUCAGGAACCUUCUGUACAUAGUUUCUUAUUUGGGAUGAUGUUCUUUAAGUUGUAUGAGUAUUUGGUAUGAGUUCCUGAUGCUGGCAUCUGAGUCUCAUUUUUGUACUGUUAUUUAAGCAAAUAAAGAAAUUGACUUUUGCCAAAGUCUCAUCUGAAUUAUUCA